AUGGCGACUCCCAAUCGCAGUAGCACUAGUAGUAAUAGGUUUCAACAAAAGCCACAACGGAAAAUCCAGUCAUUGCCUUGGGUCGUCAUGAUGGCCUUCCUCUUUGGACUUUAUUUCCUCAAGGACGCAGCAUUUUCCAGCUUUGAAGCAUCGUCUAUUUCGGAUCUUUCCAGCGUCCUAAUCGGUCCCAAAAAACAUGAAGAAUCUCUCAAAGUAUGGGAUUGGAAGACGCCGGAAUUAGGGGACAUGAAGCAACACAUGGAAUUUGUGCGGAUUGCGUCCGAACUUGUGCCUCGAAAAAACAACAAUAACAACAUCAACAACAAGUAUUAUGGAAUCCAACAUGUCCAUCGCGAUGGUUUAUUACAUAGUGGAAUGGGAGUGGCUGUCCUGGAUACCAACAUCACCAUGGUGGAUGCCAAAAUUCUAUUGCUCAAGCGUGCACGACAUCUGGUCACCUGUCCCAACGCUUGGAGUUUGGUCGGGGAACAUACUCAUCAGGAGGAAACUCCCAGAGAUACUGUCCUUCGAGGAAUCAAAGAAGAAUUGGGAGAUGCAUUUCAUCAGCAGUUUGUGCGAAAGGGGAGUAAGACCAUGGAAUUGCUCAAGCACCCUGUCUACGCCAAUGUGGACUAUAACAGCGACAAUAAUGGAAGUCCCAUUUACGAUCGACAAAUUACCUACUUGCAUGCCAUAGAAAUGAAUACACCAUUGGAAGAAUUGCAAAACAUGCUGGAAUUGGACGACGAGGUUGCCGAAACAAGAUGGAUGACCCGACAAGAGAUCCAAGAUGGCUGGAUGAACUCCAAUCCUGGUGAAAUGUUUUGUUCCCAUGAACUAGCCUUGCUCCUUCAGCUGGUAUUGCACAGAUUGGAGGACUUGGAACGAGAAGCCAAUAAGAUGCAUGCCUAA